AUGAUAAACGGAAUCAGGAAAAGGGCAGCAACAAGGCCAGAUAGUUGGGACGAUGAGGUGCCGUCAGUAGUGUUUGGGUAUCGAGUUAGUAUCCAGUCGAGUGUGGGGUAUACUCCGUUUGAGCUUCUGUAUGGUAGGGAGCCUGCGCUUCCUGUGGGAACUACGAAUCAGAUUCUGCUUCCAGUAACGGAUAAUGAGGACUGGGAUAUUGAGGAGGCAACGGAUCAUCUGCUUAGAAAACUAGACACGCUCGACACAGUACAUGAAAAGGCACUAAGGAAUUUGGAGAAGGCUCAAACGAGGCAGAAGAAGGACUUCGACAAUAGGCACCGAACGUUUGAGCAUGCGACUGAGACAGACGAAGGGAUCGAAGUGGGGGAUUAUGUGAUAGUGAGGACGGCCAAACGUAGCAAGGUCCAUUCUCAUGCUAUCACGGGGGCUUUCAGAGUCGUGGGCAUAAAGGCACGAAAGUUGGUCGAGGUCGAAGAUAGAGUGGGGCAUGUGAAAAGGGCAGCAACAAGGCCAGAUAGUUGGGACGAUGAGGUGCCGUCAGUAGUGUUUGGGUAUCGAGUUAGUAUCCAAUCGAGUGUGGGGUAUACUCCGUUUGAGCUUCUGUAUGGUAGGGAGCCUGCGCUUCCUGUGGGAACUACGAAUCAGAUUCUGCUUCCAGUAACGGAUAACGAGGACUGGGAUAUUGAGGAGGCAACGGAUCAUCUGCUUAGAAAACUAGACACGCUCGAUACAGUACAUGAAAAGGCACUGAGGAAUUUGGAGAAGGCUCAAACGAGGCAGAAGAAGGACUUCGACAAUAGGCACCGAACAUUUGAGCAUGCAAUCGAGACAGACGAAGGGAUCGAAGUGGGGGAUUAUGUGAUAGUAAGGACGGCCCAACGUAGCAAGGUCCAUUCUCAUGCUAUCACGGGGGCUUUCAAAGUCGUGGGCAUAAAGGCACGAAAGUUGGUCGAGGUCGAAGACAGAGUGGGGCAAGUGUAUCCAUACCAUCUCAAUAACGUGGAGCUUUUGCUGAAGAAAAGUCAGGUAGACGAGGAUAUGCUGGAGCAAGGGUUUCUAGGGAACUAA